CAAAGCCCCUCUUCUGCUUCUACAUUUCCCUAGAAACACGAUGGCCAGGGGUCUGCCCGAAAAAGAAGAAAGAGAGGCUAGGGAGUCUCGACUUCAACUAGCAAUCGAACAUGACGAUAUUGAUUUGCUACAUAACUUAAUUGUGGAGGAUAAAGAGCUCUUAGAUCGCUUAUCUAGGGACCCCUUCCGAAAUACUCCACUACACAUUGCCGCGGCUGAAGGAAAAUUCGAGGUGGCCAUGGAGAUGUUCAUCUUGAGGCCAGAGUUCGCUCAUAAGCUGAAUCCAGAGGGUUAUAGCCCCAUGCACUUGGCUUUGCAACAUAAGCAAUACUCAAUUGUGAGGGCACUUAUGACCCUUGAUCCUGAGUUGAUCCGAGUUCGAGGACGAUGUGGGAUCACCCCUUUGCAUUACAUCGCCGGUGAAGCAAAAGACAAUGAGGUGGAGCUCCUAGCCGAAUUCCUUUGCACUUGCAAAUCAUCCAUUGAAGAUUUGACGUGUCGAUGCGAGACUGCAGUUCACAUUGCCGUCAAGAACCACAACCUUGAAGCAUUCGAUGUUUUGCUAGGAUGGCUUAGUCGAGUUCAUUUGAAAAAAAUCUUGAGCUGGGAAGAUAAAGAUGGUAAUACUGUCUUACAUGUUGCUGCGUCCGGAGAGCCGCAACAUGAGAUGAUCAAGUCGUUAGCUCGGCAGAGGGAUGUAAAUGUAAAUGUGAAGAACUUCGAUAAGAAGACCGCUCUCGAAAUCUACCAAGUGCAUCCUCGUAAAAAGCAAGAUGUCGUGGACGAGUUACAACAAAAAGGACAUCGAGAAAGAUUUGGAGAAAGAUUAUAUAAAGUAUUUUUUAUUCCUAACCUCGACCUCUCUCUAUCAAAGUUUUUCACCGUGAGACUAACUUUUCUUGAGAGAUCGGCAAUCUAUUUCUAUAUCGAAGAUAAAUCUACUCGCGAAGUGAUUCUUGUAGUGUCUACCUUAAUGGCGACUGCCACUUACCAAGCUGCUCUCAGUCCUCCGGGAGGAUACUGGCAGGAUUCCUCUUCAAAUCCCCUGACCAAUUCCACUGAAAUUGCUCAUGAAAAACCGCAUCAAGCUGGAAAGAUGAUCCUCAGCGGCUCACAUCUAUAUCUUUUCACUUCACUCAACAGCAUGACUUUUCUCAUCUCCAUGUGCAUAAUCUUAGCCGCCUCUGUUCCGCUGUUUCCUGGCACUUCUUUGGUUUGCUGUUCUAUGUUUGUUCUCGCCGCUACCUACUUUUCAUCCCUCACAACGGGAUUCCAGAACUACAAUGAUGUUGGAAAAAAAUUGAUAGUGGGUGUUUUCACGGUGGCAAUGGGUUUAGUCUUUGGAUUAUCGGUUUGGAUAUGGCUAAGGCGCGCCCGAGUCCAACGGAAAAUCAAUGCCUCAAUGAGACGCAUCGGCGAUUUCUAAAGAUCGAAGGAUCAGAGAUAAUUCCCAUGCAUAUUUUACUUUAACUACUCUUGUCCGGUAAGCAUAUCUUGCAUGUUUCUUGUCUUGAGGUUUGCAAGAACUAGACGCUUUUGUAUUUGUUGCACGUGAU